AUGUCUUCUCCAGGUUCAAUUUCUGAUGAGGGUCAAGAGGCAAUCAACGGAAAUACCAUGCCUCCACUGUUUUUAGAUUCGAAUACGAAAAAGGCUAUGGAAUCGAUCGCUCCUAUCCUUGAAGGGUUCACGCCGAAGACCUCUUCUAGUGAGAAUAAGUCGUUGAAGUUGCCACCUGCUGGUUUUACCUCUGAUGAUGAUGAUGAGACAAAUAAGCUCGUCAGAACGCUUAGUAUUUCUUCUACUGGUUCGACAGGUCGUCAUAUGACUCCCAGUGUCCUAGGCACCUCAUUCGAUAGCAUGAAUGGUAACAAGCUUCAAAGACUGAAAAGUAACCAAAGUGGAUCAGCAUCAGUUUCUGCUAUUCUGGAAGGAUCGCCUAGUCCAUCUCCUAUGCUGGAAGAACCUCAUGCAUUCCCCUUCAUUCCGCAAGCAUUAGUCUCUAAUGAAGCUGUCACAACCAACACUGACGGAUCAACAACUCCAAGUUCGACAAAUUCUUCGAGGAAAGCUUCAACUUCCUCGUCCAAGCCUCAGCUACCAAAGAUUGGUAAAAUUGGUGUUUGUGCCAUGGAUGCGAAAGUGUUAUCCAAGCCAUGCAGACAUAUCUUAAACAGACUAAUUGAACACGGUGAGUUUGAGACUAUAAUUUUUGGCGAUAAAGUUAUAUUGGAUGAAAGCAUUGAAAACUGGCCUACUUGCGACUUUCUAAUAUCAUUCUUUUCCAAUGGGUUCCCUCUAGAAAAGGCUAUCAAAUAUGUCAAGUUAAGAAAACCAUAUAUCAUUAAUGAUUUGAUUAUGCAAAAAGUAUUGUGGGAUAGAAGGUUGUGUCUCAGGUUGCUGGCGGCAAGCAACGUACCUACCCCUCCUAGAUUGGAAAUUACAAGAGAUGGUGGUCCCAAAAUUGAUGAUGAACUGAAAUCUAUGCUUGCCGAACGUGGAGUUAUUGUUUCAACUGUUCAAGAACCCAACUGGAGAAUGGUGGACGAUGACACCUUGGAAGUUGAGGGUAAGGUGAUGACCAAACCAUUCGUUGAAAAACCUGUGGAUGGUGAAGAUCACAAUAUAUACAUCUAUUAUCAUUCGAAAAACGGAGGCGGUGGGCGUAGAUUAUUCAGAAAGGUCGGUAAUAAAUCUUCCGAAUUUGACCCUACUUUGAUUCAACCUCGUACUGAAGGUUCAUACAUCUACGAAAAAUUCAUGGAUACCGAUAAUUUCGAAGAUGUGAAAGCAUACACUGUAGGUGAAACUUUUUGUCAUGCUGAAACCAGAAAAUCCCCUGUAGUCGAUGGUAUUGUGCGCAGAAACACUCACGGAAAGGAAAUUAGAUAUAUUACUGAACUUUCUCCAGAAGAAAAAGAAAUGGCUCGUCAAGUGUCGAAGACGUUCGCUCAAAUGAUCUGUGGUUUCGAUUUAUUACGUGUUGAGGGCAAGAGUUAUGUCAUUGAUGUUAAUGGGUUUUCAUUUGUCAAAGAUAACACAGAAUACUAUGAUGCCUGUGCCAAAAUUUUGAGAGAUACCUUCUACAACGCCAAAAAAUUGAUGGACCUAGAAAAGCGGAACCUUCCUGCAAUUCAAGAGGAGAAAACUCAAAAAUGGGUAUUUAAGGGGCUAGUUACUGUUAUCCGUCAUGCAGACCGUACACCAAAACAGAAACUCAAGCACUCGUUUACCUCUCCGAUAUUUUUGUCUUUAUUGAAAGGUCACAAAGAAGAAGUAGUCAUAAGAAAUAUCAAUGACUUGCAAAUUGUUCUGCAAGCACUCAAAAUUGCACAAGAGGAAAAUGCUGAAGAUCCAGCGAAACUUGCUGUCUUAGCAAACGCUUUGGAAAAAAAAAUCAGUUUUCCUGGAACUAAGAUUCAAUUAAAACCAGUUCUGAACAAAGACAACGAAGUGGAGAAGGUUCAAUUCAUUCUCAAAUGGGGUGGUGAGCCAACACACUCCGCUCAUUUCCAAGCUGAAGAAUUAGGUGAGCAGAUGAGACAAGACUUUGAUUUGUUAAACAAGAACAUCUUGCACAACAUCAAGAUAUUUUCUUCUUCCGAAAGGAGGGUUCUAGUUUCGGCCCAAAUAUGGGCCACAGCUCUAUUCGGUGCGGAUGAAAUUAGUAGCGACGAGAUCAGUAUAAGAAAAGACUUGCUAGAUGACUCCAAUGCAGCUAAAGACCUUAUGGAUAAGGUGAAAAAGAAACUAAAACCAUUAUUAAGAAUGGGGAAGGAGGCACCACCUCAAUUUGCUUGGCCUGCUAAGAUGCCUGAACCUUACUUAGUCAUAAAGAGAGUUGUUGAUUUAAUGAACUACCAUAAAAAAAUCAUGGAUCACAACUUUGCUACAAAAAACGUUGAAGAAAUGCAAACAUGCUGGUGCUGUGCAGAAGAUUCAAUGCUAUUCAAGGAGCGUUGGGAUAAGCUGUUCAAAGAGUUUGUUACUGUGGAUAAGGUAGAUCCAUCCAAGAUUAGUGAAUUAUAUGAUACUAUGAAGUACGAUGCUCUUCACAACAGACAGUUUUUAGAGCACAUCUUCAUGCCUGAUGAUGAUACUGAAGUUGAAAACGAAGAGGUCUGUCAUCAUUCUUUGGUUGACAGGUACCCCAUCAAUAUUUUAGCUAGAAACAACUUCAAAAUCCCAGACUCUUCUAAUGCCCAAAUGACUAACCAAUCUUCCUCUAAUUCAAAAAGUUCGAAUAGUGUCGGAUCUCUUGGAUGGGUUCUUGAAAGUGUUGAAAGCGGAUCCAAAUCACCCCGUUCUUCGAAUUCCACAUUCGAUGAUCCGAAGUUCAUUCAAUUAAGGGAAUUGUUCAAGCUUUCUAAGGUUCUCUUCGAUUUUAUUUGUCCCCAGGAGUACGGUAUUGAGGAUAAUGAGAAAUUAGACAUUGGCUUGUUGACAUCUUUACCAUUGGCAAAGCAGAUCUUCAACGAUAUUGAUGAAAUGAAGAAGAAAGAUACACCAGCAUGUGUUGCAUAUUUCACUAAGGAGUCACACAUUUACACAUUGUUGAACAUCAUCUAUGAAUCUGGUUUACCGAUGAGAAUCGCAAGGAACGCAUUGCCAGAAUUCGAUUAUUUAUCGCAAAUAAACUUUGAGUUAUACGAGAGUACCGAUGCAUCUGGUAAUAAAUCACACGCCGUUCGAUUAAAGAUGUCACCUGGUUGUCAUACGCAAGACCCUUUGGAUGUACAACUUGAUGACAGACAUUACAUCAGUUGUAUUCCAAAAAUCUCAUUAACCAGGCAUUUAGAUGUUGAUCAUGUUUCUCAAAAGUUCAGAAAUAAAUUUAACAGGGUCAUAUUGCCGCAGAAAUUUACACCAGUGAACAUCACCAGUCCAAAUUUAUCUUUCAAGCGUAAAAGCAUUACAGAAACAUUGAACCUUCCUACUGCCAAAGAACAGGCGGCUAAAAAAGAAGACACUAAAAAGGAAUAA